AAAUUUAAAUUUUUCAGAAAAAUGCGGAUCGACGCCUCCCCUCCUCCAUGAAACGUUCCAACUCCCAAACAAUGGUGGCCAGGCGAGAAAACUCCUUCAAAACUCCAUCGACGUCGCGCGGUUCAAGUCCGGUGCGUAACGGGAACCAAAAGCCGAAAACCAACGCUUCUCCGGGCACCAACCGGAAAUCUCCGGUGAAAUCGAGUUUUAGGAAAGGACAGAGUCCCGAUAGAAGGAAAGAGAACGGGACCGAUGUUAAGGAGGUGAAAUCUAGAGGAAGCAGUCCGGCGAGGAUCGUUGAGGCUUUGCCGAGAUCAAGGGGUAGCGAAAACGGCAGCAUAGAACGAUUAGACGAAGACAACAAUCUUCAAAGAAUAAUCACGAAAUAUAGCGAAAUCGAUGACAAUAUUAACGUAGUUCUAAGAGUUCGACCUUUGGGCGAUAAGGAAAUAAAACAUGGAGAGGAAUCAAUCGUACAAUUCCCUGGAAAUGGUCAAGUGAUGGUUGACGGCAUACCAGGAGGACCCAGCGGUGGUCAGAAACCGAAACUUUUCUCCUACAACGUGGUUUUCGAACCCGCCGCUACUCAAGAAGACGUUCUACAAUUUUCCGGUAUGAAACGCCUCAUCGAAAUGGCAGUCGAAGGAUUCAGAUGUACCUGCUUUUGUUACGGGCAAACGGGAAGCGGGAAAACGCAUACGCUUACCGGUCCUCCGGGUCUUUUUGGUCUUAAGACGGCUCCGUAUAGCGACAAGCACGGUUUGGUGUUCAGAUCUUUUAUGUACCUUUUUCAACUGAUUCAAGAACAACCCGAAGUACAUUUUGUUCUUAAAGCUAGCUUUUUGGAAAUCUACAACGAAAAAGUAAUCGAUUUGUUAAAUCCUGGUAGCGCUCGGAAACCAUUGGCGGUGAGAUGGAGCAAAAAAGCCAGAGGUUUUUUCGUAGAAAAUCUAUUUUCCGUAGACUGCGAGGAAUUUGAUGAUUUGUUGGCGGUAUUGGAAGAGGGAAUGAGAAAUAGAUCAGUGGGAAGGCACAACAUGAACGAUUAUUCCAGUCGUAGCCACACUAUACUGAGUGUCAAUAUAACUUCUGAGCAACCGGCUGAAGAUGGCGUGUUCAUAUCUCGUUCAGGAAAAAUUAAUUUUGUGGAUUUAGCUGGCAGCGAGAUGACUAAAAAAACACAAAGCGAAGGGAAGACGUUGGAAGAAGCUAAUAAUAUAAACAAGAGUCUGAUGGUACUGGGAUACUGUAUAUCUUCUUUAAGUGAUACAAAACGCACUAAGGGUCAUAUACCGUACCGAGAUUCCAAAUUGACCAAACUUCUAGCCGAUUCCUUAGCCGGCAAUGGUGUAACAUUAAUGAUAGCAUGUAUAUCACCAGCAAAAUCCAACAUCCAUGAAACACUUAACACGCUCCGAUAUGCUGCUAGAGCAAAAAAAAUACGCACCAAGCCCAUCGUGGUAAUGGACCCCAGAGAGGCGCUAAUAUUGAACCUAAAAAGAGAACUAUCUACGUUGCAAAACGAAAAUCAACACUUAAAAUCGGCUCUAAACGCUUAUUCUGGUUCUACAGUGAGCGACUUUUCUUCAGAAAGAAGAAUUUUAGAAACUCCUCCGCACGUAGAUUUGGAAGAAUUGGCAAAUUUGGAAGGACCCGAACUGGCUGAACUUGUCAGAUUGUAUAUGAAGGAAAAUGAAGCUCUUAGGAGAGAUAAUGCUGAGUUGUUUACAACUAGAGACACUUUACAAAGGGAUCAUGAGGUUGUUUGUAGGGAAAACGAGAGACUAUUGAAGAAAUUGGAAGAAGUUAACUCAAUAUGUUGCAGCUCGCCUUUAAUUCCAGCUAGACCAGCUUAUUCCGCCGAGGUGCAAACUAACGUCGAUAAUACCAAUAUUUGGACUAAUCCUGUACCCGAGAAAUCUUCACAAAUACCAGAAUCGAUUCGAAAAGAAUUGGACAAACGGCAAAUAGGGAAUAGUAAUCAGACCAUAGGACAUCGUAGACAUAAUUCUUUGGAAGACAAGGCUAGCGCUACAAAAGCAAGACGCGUACAGAUUAAUCAAUCUGAAAAUGAGGAUAGCAAAAGAAAUGUUACAGAAAUGACAGCUGAUGAUCGGAAGAAAGAGUUCCAAAGAAGAUAUUCGAUAGCGAACAAAGAUGGCAUACAAAGAAAUUCCGAAAUUUUUGGGAGCACCAUAUCUUUAAACGACGAAGAUGAACUUAGUUGAAAAAUAUUCAAAUUCAGAAAUGUAACUUAACAAAGUACAUCACAGUAAUACUUUUAUUGAACAAUUUUGUGAAAUUACUAGUAAUAAAUAGUUUUUAAAGCAAAAAGUCUUCUGCAAUCGUUUGUUGUGAGUAAUUGAGAAAUAAUUAUAUUUUAGCAAGAGAGAAACUGUUUAUAUUGUAAUUAUGAGAGAU